CAAUAGACGCAGACGGGUAAAAUGAUCAGGAACUGUUUGUAUCUGUAUUAUUUAUCCUGUCGGACAAGGAGCAUGUGUUAACAUAUGAAAGCUGCGCCUAUCGCAGAAUGGGAGACGACACUGUCGUAGCCCGCCUGUUCAGCGUGAAGGCUCUGCUGGGGAUUGUAGCAGGAGCCGGAGCCUCGUAUGGCAUUUAUAAACUAGUCUUCAGUCGCGCGGGAGAUGCGGGAGUAAACAGAAAAAAGUCUGCUAAAAGUGUGACUAUUCAGCCUGGAAGCCUGAUGGCCAAAGUGUCUGGAUUUAAAGUUGUCAGUAAGAGUGAUAAUCUGGAUCCUACUGUGGAUUCUGAAUCUAGUGAUAUUUUCUCCAAAUCUGCUGCCAACCUGGAGCCUCGACAUCUGAGUAUGCUUCUCUCGCUUCUGCAGAGCAGCCCAAACCUAGAAGAGAGGAGGAAAGUUCUCGUAACUUUGGGAAAUGCUGCUGCCUUUACAGUAAACCAGGAUCUCCUGCGAGAAUUCGGAGGUCUUCACAUCAUAGCAGGCUUCCUCUCAGACCCUUCCCCUGAGAUCCGCGUUCAGACUCUGAACGCUCUGAACAACUUGAGCAUGAAUAUCCGCAAUCAAGAGCAGCUGAAGAUAUACGUCUCGUCGGUGAUGCAGAUGAUUGAGAUGUCGCCGGUGAACUCUGACCUUCAGCUGGCAGCGCUCCGAUUGCUCACUAAUCUGUCAGUCACGGAUAAUCACCAGCAUCUGAUGAAGGGUUCCAUCACCCUCCUCCUGUCACUGCUCGUAGUGAGCAGUGAAGUCCUACAGAUCCAGGUCCUGAAGGUCCUGGUCAAUCUUUCCUCCAAUCCAGAUCUGAUGGACGAUAUUGUGCAAGCUCAGGUGAACAAGCAUGUCUUUUAUGGUUUCUGCUGUAAUGCUUUCACUGUUUUGUAAGUGAGAUCCAGUGCAGCUGGUUUCAGUGAAUAUUCAGUCAUACCAACACAAUAUGAUUAUAAAUAGAUAAAUCUAUAAAUAAUCGCCUUGGAUGCUAGGUGUCCUAGUUUUUCUCAUUGCCUGCUGUUGAUGCAUACGUCUAUUUUAAGGCCACUCUGUGGUCAUGAUUUAGUUUAGUGCUGCACGAUUUGAGGAAAGAAUAUUAUUGUGAUUUUUCUUCAGAUAAAAACUGCCAUUGCUAUUUAAAAUAAGAUUAUUAUAAAAAAAGGCAUGCUGUGCUUGUUUGUAUGGCUUUACGCUUUUUCCAGAUUUUAAUGAAUUUGUAAUCAACAUGAAAAUAAAAUAAAUUCACAUCAUUAUCAAUAUUAUUAGAUUCUCCUAAAUACUAAUU